AUGACCGCGGUCUCAGAGGAUGAGAGAGCGCGCACUUACAUAUUGGUAUUAGAGCUCUUAGCUCAUCAGUUCGCAUACCCUGUACAAUGGAUCGAUACACAAGAUUCUCUUUUGGGGGAGGAAAAGAUCCAGCGACUCGUCGAGAUUGGGCCAUCAAAUACACUCACGGGACUGGCUAAGCAAACCAUCGAGACGAAAUACCGAGAUCAUGACACUGCCCUGUCAAUCCAAAGGCAGCUUCUCAAUCUCAAAACAACUGAGAAUGACAUCUACUACGCGAAUGCAGAGGUUGCCGAGAUCCCAAAACAAGCACCCUCGAAACCCGAUACAAAGCCUGCUGCUUCAGCUCCGGUGCCCGAGACUGCUACAGCAUCACCCCAGCCAUCUACUCCCUCGCCCACACCGAGUGGAGCCGGUACCACAUCGCUUGCAACAUCUGAGGAUGUCCCAGUUAAAGCAGAAGAUAUAGUUCUUACUAUUAUUGCUCAAAAGUUGAAAAAGUCCAUCAGUGACAUUUCAAUGAGCAGUACUAUCAAAUCGCUCGUCGGAGGUCGUUCAACCUUGGAGAAUGAAAUUGUCGGAGACCUUCUUAGUGAAUUCAGCAACCUACCUGAGAGGUCCGAGGAACUCAGUUUGACAGAUCUGGGAGAAACCCUUUCCGCCGCAAAUGCUCAGAGACGACUCGGCAAGCAGACAAACAGCCUAGUGCAACGUGUUAUUAGUACGUCAAUGCCGGGAGACUUCAGUAUGACGAGGCUUAGGAAGUAUCUUGAGGAUCGUUGGGGCUUUCAAGUUGGCCGCCAAGAUGCCGUGCUUCUGUCUGCAAUCUCCUCGCCUCCUAAAAACCGUCUUCAGGAUCCAAAGGAAGUCCAUGCUUUCGUGGAUUCAUUGGUCAGGGUAUAUGCGCAAUCUGCAGGAUUGUCAUUUGAUGAAGGACCACAGCAGCAGGUAUCUGCUGUCCAAGUCAACCCGGAAGCCUUGAAUGCGGUUACUCGGAGACAAGAGGAGCUGGCAAAACAGAACCUGAAAGCUUACGCUCAAUUUCUCAAUGUUGAUCUCCAUGCUGAUGCUAAGUCUGGAGACUCGGACAGCGCCAUGUCGGAGCUUCAGAAGCAGUUAGAUCUGUGGGUAGCUGAACACGGUGAGGCAUAUGCUAGCGGUAUCACUCCAGUCUUUGAUGCCAAGAAGAGUAGAGAGUAUUCCUCUUACUGGACGUGGGCAUUACAAGAUCUCACAGCUAGUUUCUACGACAUCAGCCGAGGAACAUUGAAAGUCGACAAGGAUGUUAUUGAGGAUAUUACAUACCGGCUGGCCAACAAAUCAAGCACAGGCUUAGUGGAGUCAAUCAAAUACCUGUUGACGCAAUGCGAUGAAACGCACAAAGCCUUUUACGAACUACUUCUUAAGACUGUCUCACAGUCACUUGGAUCUAUUCCAGUUUUCAAAACGACCAAAAGUUUCCUCGGCCCUCGAACAACCAUUGACGAAGUGGGAAAUAUCAAAUACUCUGAGCAUCCGAGAUCUGAAGAUGGAUCCAAAAAGGAUUCUGGUGAACCGACUCAUCUUCCACAUAUAAAACGUAAGAAUGACAAAGGGUGGACAUUCAACUCCACAGUUACCACACUGUACAACAAGGCUGUGGAUCAAAUCUCAAGCACGGGUCUUUCAUUCGCCAAUAAAACGGUUCUCCUAACUGGUGCUGGAACGAACUCCAUUGGUGAAGAACUAUUGAAAGGUCUUCUCGCUGGUGGUGCACAAGUCAUUGUUACGACAAAUAGCUUUUCUAGCGCAACGGCUCUCAAAUUCCGGAAGAUCUACCAGGCUCAUGGCUCUAAAGGCUCCAAACUAGUUUUGGUUCCAUUUAACCAAGGUAGCCAGCAGGAUGUCGAAUCUCUCGUUGAUUAUAUCUACGGCAAGCAAGGCCUUGGUUGGGAUCUUGAUGUUAUCAUCCCAUUCGCCGCAAUCUCUGUCAACGGGCGACAAAUAGACGAAAUUGACUCCAAGAGUGAGCUUGCACAGCGUAUCAUGCUUACAAAUACUGUACGACUUCUUGGGGCUAUCAAGAGAUCUAAGGAGGUUGCAGGCUACCGAACACGGCCCACUCAUGCUAUUCUUCCUCUGUCACCUAACCACGGUGUCUUUGGAAGUGAUGGACUAUAUGCUGAGUCGAAGAUGGCACUCGAAGCUCUGUUCACAAAAUGGUAUUCUGAAGAUUGGAGCGAUUAUAUCUCCAUCUGUGGUACUUCGAUAGGUUGGACUCGCGGCACCGGUCUGAUGCAUCAGAACGAUACAGUGUCUGAGGACGUUGAAAAACUUGGUGUGAGGACAUUCUCCCGAGCAGAAAUGUCUCAAUGCAUUCUCGCCUUGUUAAGUCGUCCUUUGGUUGAGUUUUGCCAAGAAGAACCUCUGUUUGCCGAUUUCAGCGGCGGCAUGGAUAGAGUACCAGAUUUCAAGGAUAGGUUGAAUGCGAUCCAGGAUAAUAUCAAGAGCCUAAGCGAAAUCCGGAGAGCCGUUGCGGCAGAAUUAGCGAUUGACAACGGAUCUGAUCCCAAAGUGACAAAGUCAACCCAAAGCAAACAGGAUGCGAUGAAAGUACGUCCAAAAAUCGAGCUUGGUUUCCCGACCUUGCCAAGUUAUGAGACAGAGAUUCAGCCGUUCCGCUCCCAACUGGAUUCUAUGGUUUCUCUUGAUCACACAGUUGUGAUUGUAGGCUUUUCAGAGCUUGGACCUUGCGGAAACUCUCGCACUCGCUGGGAAAUGGAAGCGUAUGAAGAGUUUUCGCUCGAAGGAUGCACAGAAAUGGCUUGGAUCAUGGGACUCAUCAAAUAUUCCAAGGCCGCAGGCAAUAAACCAGCCGGAUGGAUCGAUGUCAAGUCCGGACAGCCAAUUGAGGAGUAUGACGUGAAACAGCGUUACGAGGCCUAUAUUCGCGACCAUUCUGGCAUUCGGCUGAUUGAACCAACUCUUUUCGACAAGUAUAACCCCGACGAGAAGCACAUGACCCAAGAAAUUGUUGUACAAGAAGAUCUUGCACCAUUCGAAACAUCUAAGGAUGCCGCACUUAGCUUUAAGAGAGAACAUGGAGACAAGGUGGAAAUAUUUCCAGGCCAGGAAUCUGACUCUUACAGUGUGGUCAUGAAAAAGGGCGCAGUGAUACAUGUUCCCAAAGCCGUGAAGUUCAGAAAUAAUGUUGCAGCACAGAUUCCUACUGGAUGGGAUCCACGGACGUAUGGUAUUUCGGACGAUAUUAUCAACCAAGUCGAUCCAGUCACCUUAUAUACCCUGGUAACGACUGUCGAGGCUCUCCUUUCAGCAGGUAUUACGGACCCUUACGAGAUCUACAAGUAUAUCCAUGUCUCCGAACUUGGCAACUGCUUCGGAAGUGGUUUGGGUGGAACAUACUCCUCGGAAAGAAUGUACCGAGAUCGUUUGCAAGACAAGCCUGUGCAAAAUGACGUUCUACAAGAGACGUUUUUGAACACGAUUGGAGCCUGGGUAAACAUGCUGUUACUCUCAUCAAGUGGACCAAACAAGACAUCCGUUGGAGCCUGCGCAACUUCUGUGGAAUCACUCGACACAGCCUAUGAUCUCAUUCUGGCAGGAAAGGCAAAGAUGUGUUUCGUGGGUAGCGUUGACGAGUUCUCAGAAUACACUUCUUUGGAGUUUUCGAACAUGAAAGCAACAAGCAAUGCCGAAACGGAGCGUGAGGCGGGUCGGGAUCCCAAGGAGAUGUCACGGCCUGCAGCCUCUUCGCGAAAAGGUUUCAUGGAAUCUCACGGCGCAGGUCUCCAUAUAGCUUGCACUGCAAAGCUUGCAAUUGAGAUGGGACUGCCAAUCUAUGGUGUCAUUGCCUUUACAGGCAUCUCCAGCGACAAAGUCGGCCGCUCUGUUCCCGCUCCAGGCAAAGGAGUUAUGACAAAUGCAAGAGAAUCUGCAGCUGCGUUCCCGUCGCCACUUCUUGAUAUCGAAUAUCGUCGACAACAAAUUGAUAUGCGACGACAACAAAUCACGAAGAUGAGAGAGUUGGAGCUCAGUCAACUUGAGGACACGAUUCUGCAUCUUACGGCCAAGGAUGCUCAGUUCAACGCAUCUGAAUACCGAACAUAUAUGGUCAAGCAGAUUGAUCUCAAGGUCCAGACGCAGGAAAAAGAAAUGCUUGCCUCCUUUGGAAACAACUUUUGGCGCAACAAUCCAGAGAUCUCGCCGCUCAAGGGAGCGUUGGCAACCUGGGGUCUCAGUAUCGACGAUGUGACAGUAGCUUCUUUCCACGGAACUUCAACUGUCUUGAACGAAAAGAACGAAUGCUCUAUCAUCCAGAAGCAGUUCUCUCAUCUCGGACGUACCAAAGGAAAUCGCACCCUCGGUGUGUUCCAGAAGAGCAUCACCGGGCACCCGAAAGGUCCUGCAAGUUCCUGGAUGCUCAACGGCUGCUUGCAGAUGAUGAACACCGGUCUCGUCCCAGGAAACCGAAAUCUAGAUAACCUAGACUCCCAGUUUGAACAGUACGAUUAUAUCACAUUCCUGGACCACAAUGUUCAAACGGCUGGCAUCAAGGCCUUCUCUUUGACCUCGUUUGGCUUUGGCCAGAAGGGUGGUCAAGUGAUUGGUGUACACCCCAAAUAUCUGUUUGCGACAAUACAGAAGGAAGUGUUUGAUGACUACGCGAAGAGGUUGAAGAAGAGGCGGGCCGUAGCGACGGUCGCAUUCCAUGAGGCAUUACUAGAAAACAAUAUGUUUGUUCCGAAGGAUGAUCCGCCAUACGACGUUAAGCAGGAGAUACAGACACUACUGGAUCCCAAUGCUAGGUGGUAA